GUUGAAAAUCGUCGUGAAAGUCUUAAGCCGUUCGAUGCUGGCUAUUGGUGAACACAUUUAAUAUGUCAAAGUUGUCAACAAUAACAAAAUAACCUCAACUUUUUUCUAGAAAAGUUCGAACCAAGCUGCAUUUAUUAUCUCAGCGGAGAGGAUAAAUAUUCUAUACAACAUGAUUAUUCCUGUUAGAUGUUUCACAUGUGGAAAAGUUAUUGGUAACAAAUGGGAAGCGUAUUUAGGACUACUCCAAGCAGAAUAUACCGAAGGUGAUGCUCUCGAUGCACUUGGUCUUAAACGUUACUGCUGUAGAAGAAUGCUUUUAGGACAUGUUGACCUUAUUGAAAAACUACUGAAUUAUGCUCCAUUAGAAAAGUAGAAAAUAAUGUAAGUGCUCUUGUAUAUAGGUUAGUGUUAUUUUUUUAUCUGAAUAAUUCAUAAAUUACACAUUAAACGUUCAUUCCUGUAUUAAUUUUCAUGUAAAUAAAUGUUAUAAGUCUUGA